GUGCUGUUCGUGCUGGGAUAACCCGGUUUUUGUGACAUGGUUCAGUCAAGUCUCGACUAUUCGGUGAAGUGUAUGAGAUUUUGUUGUGAACAGCAAUCAUGCCAUUCUUUACAAAGUCGUCAACUUCGUCCAUGUCGCCUCAACAUCCGGCGCCGUCAUCAGCAGCAUCAGUCGCCCCGCAGCCGCCAUCAAUGCUCAAAGAAAUGGCCGCCACAGCUGGUGGAGUAGCUGUUGGAUCUGCUGUGGGGCAUGUGGUGGGUCAUGCACUCACUGGAGCAUUCAGUGGGCCAUCAGCAGGAGCGACCCCUGCUGCAACACAUCAACCUCCCAUCGCAGCUGCCAGGGAACUGUAUCCUGUCAAAGAUGGACCUUGUGCCCAAGAAAUCAAGAAGUUACUGGGUUGUGCAGUCAUGACCACAGGCUUGGGUGCCUGCCAGGACCUUCAGGAUGCAUUUCGCUCCUGCAUGCAUGGGUUUCAGCAGCAGCCAUUCACAAGCGAUGAGGGUGGCGGCCUAUCCCAGCAAAUAAUUUACCCGUAUUUCCACCCGUCAAAGACCCGUCAUACGCGGGUAGCAGCCACCCGUUUUGGGAAACGGGUACUGGGUCGAAAAAAAACGGGUGAUCACCCGCUGAACCACCCGUUUCGGCAUACGGGUGGUUCUGCUGAUCACCCGUUUUCUCCAAACGCCUGCUUAGUUAUGGCCAAGGGAGAUUCAGCCGUCAUAGACGGGUGA